AACUUGACCACUUGGCAAACAGGCUUGCCGACGCCUUUCGACGUGCGUUGGCGCAGAAGGCAGAGGCUUCCUUGGGCUAAGGCUACCGCUGAAGCAUCCUCAGCGCCAUCCUGCUGGGCUUCUUUUUCAAGGGAAAAAAGCGCUCAGGGAUGGGCUCAAGGAUGCUGCGUGGUAGCAGCUCUAAUUGGAGCAGUCGGAGGAACUAAGAAGAGUGCGUGAAGGUUUCGAGUUCAGCCAAGAUUACGAUCCAAUGCUACACGUCCACGUUGUUGGGCUUACUUGUCACUACCUGCAUCCAGCUGCGGAAUCUCGCGCGCGUCUCAGUGUACAGCCCCUCCUGCAAUUAGGACCAGUUGUUGAAGCAUUUCAUAUUCAUAUUAUUGUACUUACACUAUAAUAUAAUUUGACACAUUUCGUAAUUUUCAAGAUGAAGAUGGAACGUGUCAAAAAAUAUGUAAGUAUACAGAGGGCAAAUGUGAACUGUUUCAGCCACUUCUUUUAAUGCAGCUGGUCAAUCACAGCACUCUGAUAGCGCAAGUCACGCCGGGAACAGGAGGAGGGUUGCUCGAUUCCUU